AUGUCGAAGCCCCAGGUUGAUAAUGCCCGUGCGCAUCCGCGUCGCCGACCUGUUUUAAAUGCAGACCUUCCCUCUCUAGUUACUGAGUCAGCUGAAUCCUCUAAAAUGGGUUUGAAGAAAGGGGAGACUUUUCAUACCCCAACCUCUCCUCCAUCGAAUGAUCGUGAUCCGGUCUUGAACAUUCGAUCUUUGCCUCGUCGCUGUCCAACUUCUCUUGAAGCUAUCGCAGCCAGUGAAGAGCGCAUGACGUCGAUCUUGAAUCGGUUGACCUUGGACUCCCCUGAAGACAGCGGGGAAGAACCAUCGGACUGUACUGAACGUGCCUCGAAAGCUCCCACUGCACCUGUAUCUCCUAGUAGAUCGCGUCGAUCCUCGGUUGGCGAUGAAACGAAAGAGAAAAGCCCAAGCCAGGAGCAUGGUCAUGAAUCGGAUAGUGGUCUUGGAACAUCUGUCAGCAGUAAUGAAGAACUGGCAGGUGAAACAACAGGAAACGAUACGCCACAGUCGCCCAUUACCAGCCCGAUAUCUACAUUUGAUGUCGGCACCACGGCUAAGCGCCAGCUUUCCUUGACUGCCUGCAAACAGAUUGAGCGCUACAUUCUUGUCCCAAUACUCAAGGACCCCAAGCUCAAACCUUUCCACCCAUUAGUCAAGUCUAUUCCCUCACGUAUUCUGAACCGCCACAUUCUAUGCCUCAGGGACGUUGAGAAGUCUUUGCUUUGGCUUGCUCCUAGAUUUUCCAACUCUCGACACGCAUAUCUCAACUUCGCCGAGUUUACUAUUCAGUGCUUGCACACCUCAGCUGCUCAUCUUAACGACCGCGAUCAUCGACUACCAACAGAUCGGCCAUACACUAACGGAUAUUUCCUUGACCUUGUUUCACAGGUCCGACGAUACGCUGCCAUGAUCCGUGCUUCCCGUGAGCGCGCCGAACAGGCCCAGGCUGAGGUCCCAGCCUCCGACAAAGAAAACAAGAUUCCGCUUGUUACCAGCGCCUCCCUCGAGGGUGGCCUCUCCAAGAAUGGCAAACCUGCUGAGCUUGUUGUGAUGCAAGAUGGAAAGCCAAUAUCCUUGGCUACCGGUCUACCAUAUGUAGCUGAAGAAACCCCUGCUACCUUCAAGCGCACGAUCAGCUUUGACGAACGAGCCGAUGAGGGCGUCCAGCGCUCCAUGGCUCGCCGCAAGAAGAAUGCUCCACCGAUGGACAUCAAUCAAAAGUGCAGUCACUGCGACAAGGUUUUCAAGCGCCCCUGUGACUUGACCAAACAUGAAAAGACUCAUUCCCGCCCUUGGAAAUGCUCUGAUUCGACUUGCAAGUAUUUCCAGAUUGGCUGGCCCACUGAGAAGGAACGUGAUCGCCACGUCAAUGACAAACACUCUGACACCCCUGCACUGUACAAGUGCAACUUUCAGCCUUGUACAUAUGCUUCGAAGCGUGAGAGCAACUGCAAGCAACACAUGGAGAAGGCUCAUGGUUGGCUGUAUCUUCGAUCCAAAAACAACGCCCGUGGGGAAGGCAAGCGUGCAUCCUCCAACCAGGCUUCUCGCACUCCAAGCGUGUCUACACCAGCCUCGAAAUCCGUUGAUUUCCCUACACCCAUGACAGGUCCAAGCCCCUCGCCUGGUCCGAGUUCCUCCAUGUUCCCCGACUCCCUUCCGUUCAACUUUAACGAUCCGCCUGUCGCCCACAGCGAUGAGUACCCACGCCUGUUCGAAAAUUCGCCUUACCCCAGCUCCUCGGGUGGUGUGAGCAACGACUUUAGCUUCGCCACCUCUGUCAACCUUGACUCCUUCCAAAGCCAAUUUGAGUCGGGCGACCCUCAAGGAUUGAUUCCCUCUCUGCAAAUGCAUCGUCAGUCAAUGAACUCGAUCUCGGUCCCCUCUGCAGAUUCGGUCCCUGACCUCAUGGGCAUGUCGGGUUACGAUGGUUCUCCCCUGGCCACUACAGACAACAACAGCCUCAACUUUGACUUUGAAUGGAGUAACCUGGACUACACUGAGGUGGAUGCGGACUACACUGCCCUCAACAUGCAGCUGCAAACCCCUGCCCAGUCCGAGAAUAUUUACAAGGGAUACUCGGGCCAAAUGGCAACAGGCCCCUCGCACCUUUCCAUGACUGCUCCCCACAAGAUGGCGGGUCUUUCUCCCAAUGCACAGGGUAACCCUAUGCUGUACUCCCCUGGCUCCGAGCACUAUGAGUACGGUGUCCAGCCCCAAAAUGGCAAUGAUUUCAUGCUCUAUGGCGAGCAGGUUGGGAUGCACAUGGCCCAGAUGGUCCCUUCCAUGACUCAGCACCAGGCCACUCGUCAGUAUGCUCAAGCUCAGACCAUGUUUCCCCCUCUCAGUGAUCAGGAUGCCGCUCUCCAGGGCCUGCAGUCCUGGGCUACUGAGCCACGCCAGGGAGGUAAACCCGAGUCCUACAUGCACCAUGACAUGGAGCUUGAGUUCAUGAAAUAG